AUGAACAGACAAAAUAUUUUCAAUGAAUGCUCAGAACAUAUGCGUAACUGUGAUGGUAGGGAUAAGAAGAAAGAGACUAAAGUAUAUGACAUAUCAGUAAUUAUAGAAGAAAGUGCCAAAUUUGGUAAUGUGAAUCUUUUACAAAAGAAGAGUUUAUCAUCAAAUAUGAUUGACAAUUUAUCAAUUUCUCAUAAUCAAAGUAAACAUGAUGAAUCUUCUAUUAGUGUAAUUGCUAAAGUGGUUGAUGGGGUAAUUGAUAAGAUUAAUGAAAGUGGUGCUAGUGAUAAUAAUACAAAGGAUAUUUCUAUCAGUAAAAUUCAUAAGAUCUCCAACCCACUCAUAACUGAUAGAACAUUUUCAUUCCAAGAUUCACUUGAUUUCUUUAAGAAUCUAUCAAAAUCCAAUGAAGGUUCAAAUGAUAGAAUUAAUAAUGAGGUGGUUGAUAAGAUUGUAAGUGAAUUGAGUACCAGUAGAUUUCAUAAAAAUUCUCAACAGCUCGUUCCUAACAGAACAUUCUCAUUCCAAGAUUAA